GGCUGCCAACUCUUCAAAUAUAUCGAUAAGAAUACGCGCCGAGAGUAAAAUAAGUAAAAAAAAUGGUAUUUAAGCGGAAUAAAAGAAUAAACCCGACUGGGAACUAUAAUUCACAUAAGAAAACGUUCAAGGAGUAAUUUUAUAAUGGAAAAACAGUUCAUGGAGAGGUUCAACAGCUUAAAAGAGAGCGGCAGCAAGAGUCGAAGAGCGGUCUGUAAAACCUGUUGCGCCAGCAGAGUGAAAAGUAAAACUCGAAAAGCCCCACUUAUUGAAGCGGAAAAUUAAAUAAACAAAGAACUGCAACUUCGAAAAGGGCAGCCCCCACAAAAGACUUGAGCAACAAACUUGGUCUUGGGCAAUGGGCUAAAUUAAAUUAAAGCGCUGACGAAAUCCCAAAAACCAUGAUUCAGCUACGCCUGCGCAGUCUCGUUCUGCUGCAAUUUAUAGCCUUGGCAAGUUCGGAGUAUGUUUACGGCGAACCCAAGUUCAAGUGCCCCAAAAAAUCCAAGGUGUUGUACCCCUGCGAAUGUGUAAAGGGUAGCGAUAAUGGUCUAUAUAUACGCUGUGAGAAUACCAAUCUGGCUACUUUAUCCGUGGCCCUCCAGAAUUUGGCCUCUUUUGAAGUGCCCAUCGAGGAGUUGACCAUCUACAGGGGACAUUUUGUGCGUCUCUAUGGUCCACUAUUUGCUCAUAUCAAGGCGCGCUUGCUGAUCAUAGAAGAAACCCCACUGGCCACCAUUGAGGAUUAUGUAUUCUAUGGGGUAAAUAACACUUUAGAGGAAUUGCACCUACUCCGCACAAAUCUAAGCCACGUUGGACCACUAGGAUUCGGAAUUCUUGGUAAAGCAAAGGAACUGGUGAUCGAUGGCCAUGCCUUUGAGCAGCUGCCAAAGGAUCUGUUCGCUGGCCAAGAGAUCGCCAACAGUCUUGGUGUCAUAAAGGUGACCAAUGGCAACCUGAAUGAUUUGCCUGUAGAGACUUUUCAGCCUUUGCGCAAACUUAAAACCCUCGACUUGCAUGGAAAUCAGUUGGAGAAUCUAAAACGCAAUCAGUUUAAGAACCUAAGAGAGUUAGAGGUACUGGAUAUAAGCCACAAUAAGAUCCAAAAGUUGGAAGCACAGCACAUAGCGGAUCUUACAAAAAUGGGAUGGUGCAAUGUAUCUCAUAACGCCUUAAGCGAACUAAGUCGAGGAACUUUUGCCAGAAACUCGGUCCUAAAAGUACUGCAUUUAUCUCAUAACAAAAUUUCCCGACUGGAUGCAAAUAGUUUCAGGGGAAUGCGAUUCCUGCGACGUCUUUUCCUUAGCGAUAAUGUACUCACGGAGAUUGGACGAGGUACUUUUGGUUCUAUAGCCCGCAUAGGAACUAUUGAUUUGGCUCGCAACCAACUGAAAAAGGUGGAAUACCAGAUGUUUACGCAGAUGAACUAUGUGGAGCUUCUCGAUUUAGCGGAGAACAACAUAACCAAGAUUGAAAAGAAUUCGUUUAAGGAUAUUUACCAGGCUGUAAUAAACAUCUCGCAUAAUGCUUUAGAGCUAAUAGAAACAGCCGCCUUUGAAAACUGUGUAAACAUCACGGUUCUUGACUUGUCUCAUAAUCUUUUGACCAACUUUUCGCGUCGUAGCUUUGAUGAAACCACUUUUGCCACCUAUUUUCAGCUGAGCUAUAAUAACCUCACCAAUUUAGCACAGAUUCCAAUCCAAAAUAUGACUGGCUUAAAAGUACUGAAUGCCUCGCACAACAGCAUAACCGAGAUACCCAAGAACUGUUUUCCAAAGCUUUAUGAAUUGCACACCAUUGAUGUUUCCCACAACAAUAUCUCCAGCAUAUUUAAUGGAGUUUUUCAAACCCUAUUCUCAUUACGCUCCAUUGAUCUUAGCUACAAUAGUAUGGAAGAGAUAAAAUCCUCAACUUUUGGGACUUUGCCUACCCUCUUGGAAAUGGAUUUGAGUCAUAAUAAACUGGUUUCUGUUGUUCGUGGAUCGCUGGCCAAGUUAACCAGCAUGCGGCAGCUAUACUUAAAUAAUAAUCAAUUGGAAAAGAUGUUUCAGCUGCCCAUUUCCCUGAAUGAACUGCAUUUCAGCCAUAAUAAACUGAGUGAAAUACCUGCGGGUACUUGGCCGAUCAUGAACUCGCUUAUAUACUUAGAUCUGAGCCAUAAUCAGCUCGGUGAUAGUCUAAAUGGGCAAAGUUUUACGGGUCUGCUGGUGGUGCAACGUUUAAAGCUUCAAAACAAUGGCAUCACCCAGCCGCCAUUAGAGGCGAUUUCUGUUAUGUCUACGCUGCAAUAUUUGUACUUAGAGAACAAUAAUAUUACCACCCUGGAGCGCAGUGCCUUUGGAAAGUUGCCCGUACUGUUUGAAUUGAAUCUAUAUGGUAAUCAAGUUAAGGACAUUAGCAAACGAGCUUUCGAGGGCCUGCUGCAACUGCUGACUUUGAAUCUGUCCUCCAACGGAAUCAAGACGCUGCAAAAUGACAUAUUUAUUGGGCUGCCCUCAUUGCGAACUCUUGAUCUGUCCUUUAAUUCGCUCUCCAAGUUGGAUAACAAGACCAAUGGAGUCCUUGAUGAUUUACUCAGUCUAGAAACCUUGGAUUUGAGUCACAAUCGCAUAAGUUUUGUGACAAAGAAAACCUUCCCUUCUCAUCAAUACAUUCCUUACAAUCUGAGGAAUCUGAACUUGAGCUACAAUCAAAUGCCAGUGCUUACCUAUGAUAUUACUUUCGGCACCAAGAAGCUGUUCAAAUUGGAUGUGUCCCACAACCAGAUCAACGAUCUUAGGAGAGGAGUGCUGUCCAAUUUCACAUCACUUCAGAGUCUGGACAUGUCCUACAAUGAGCUGGCAAAUCUUGCAUCCGAGGAGCACAUCUUUGAUUUGCCACAAAACCUGAGUACCUUGAAUCUCUCUCACAAUCAAAUCUAUCACCUGCCCUUCGCCAAUCUGGUGAAAGUGGACUCCCUGAAAUAUGUUGAUCUAACCAACAAUAGCUUGGAGGAAUUGCCGGCCUCGGUAGUGGGCAGCAUGCGAAAUGGUAGUCAAGUGUUCUUUGCCGGAAAUCCCCUGCACUGUGCCUGUAAUGCCCGCCCUUUGAAGCACUUUAUGUUGCAGCAAACGGCUCCGGGUGAGGAUUUGCAGAGCAUCUACUGCGGCACACCGGCUUCGAUCAAGGACAAGCAGCUUCUCUCGCUGGAAGAUGAGUAUCUGCACUGCGCCGAGGACGAGCGGGAGAUGUAUAAGGGCUUUGACUAUGAACAGCUUACAGACGUCCGUUUCCGUGAAGUAAAAACCAACAAAGCUGGCCAGUUGAGCCUGAACUGGUAUGUUUCCGGGACUUCAGACGUCUCAGACUUUCAUGUUUAUAUCCGGAGCACCAGCAACGAGGUGUUACACCAGUCGGACUACGCAUACAACAAUCGUACUGCCCAGAUUCCAGUGGAGGAUCUCGUGGCGCUUGGAGAAGAGAAACUGCGUGGAGCUGAAAUUUGCAUAGUAUCCAGGGAUAGCGAGGGCAACACCCGCAAGUGGUUCUCCGGGCAGUGUCAGCAGCUGCCAUCGCUUAAGCGUCCCCGUACUUUCUUCUUUGGAAACUUUCAGGUCAGGGGAGGUGUUUCCAAAACUUCCAGCAGCCUACCUCACUGCCUUUUGUAUAUAAUACUCGCUUUGUUUGUUUCCCCGUUGUAGUAAACAUUUAAUUUAAUAACCUAAUAUUGAUCUUUUCGAACUUAAAACUGUAUACUGUAUUCAUAUAAAUAUUGUGGUGAUGCUAAUUACUAAGAUACAAGUGUUACAUGCUAAGACUAAACCGUUUUAAGUUCGAAUUGAUGUGAUAAAAUGAACCUUUAUAAAAGAUCAGGGUGACCUUGAUUCUUGAUCCUA